UCAUCAUCAUCAUCAUCAUCAUCAUCAUCAUCAUCAUUAUAUGGUGUGUAUGUAUCUUAGUGUAUGCAUGCCCCACGGUACACAUGUGGAAGUCAGAAGACAGCUUUCAGUCCACCAUGUGAGGUUGGAUGAUCAAACUUGGACGGUUCACCUCGGUGGCAAGGGCCUUUACCAACCUGUAAAAUACUUCUUAUUAUAUUCUUUGUUGUUUGUUUGUUUGAGAUAGGGUCUUGCUGUGCAGCCUGGGCUGGCCUUGAAUUCAUGGUUCUCCUGCCUCACCUUUCCCAGUGCGGAAGUGUGUGCACCAUGCCAGGCUCCCGGGAUAGUCUUAGGAAGAUAGUAAGCUGGCUAGGACACGGAAGACAAGCACUGAUGGAGAUGGGCAGAGCAGGUGUGCAGGGCUAGGUGCGUGAAGCCUGGCAGGGGGACCACAGUGAGCAUUCUGUCUGGAGUUCCUCCUCUAUCCACCCUGUGAGUGGGAUCGGUGGGCCCAGGCAGUAGAGGCUCUGUCACUCAUCCCGGGGACCCAGACUUCCUCCUGCGUCCCCUCUUCCCACGUCGCUCCAGAGAAAAAUCAAGAUUAAUUCCAUCUAGACAAGCAAGGGUUGGUGUGACACACUGGAGUGACAGACAAGGCUUAGGAGCUCAGGCUCUGCCAAAGGCAGGUCUGGGCUUGGCUCUUGGUUCGGCUGCAGGCCGUCUGUGUACUCUGAGCCACAGUGUCUACAUCUCUAAAUGGAGGUAAUAAAAACAACAGUCUUCCUGGGUUAGAUGACUCUGACCAUACAGAAACCGGCACAGAAAUCUGGGUGCAUAGAAAGCUUUUGAUAAACUGGAACUGUGAUUAUUACUAUUAAUUAAUAUUAGUAGUAUUUUAGCUGAGUGUCAGCAAUGGCAGAGCAGGGAGGUUGGAGCGGGGGACAGUCAGGAAUGGUGUUUAUACACAGAGAAGUGUUGAAUGGUACAAGCUGGGGUGCGGAUGUUGGGGUGGGGAGAGACGUUGAGAAAGGCAGAUGGAAACUGGCCGCUCCUAACUAGGUGAUGAAGCCAGAUGAUACAAGACAGUUCCAAGUGGGAGGGCCCAGGGCCCCUGGGAACAGAGGAGCAGUCACACUUGCCAAACGGGGAUGAGAUGUGGGGAGGAUGCUGGGGCUCCCCACUGGAACGGUGACUGAGGGUGAGGGGGUGAUCUUGUGUUGACCCUCCUCCCUCACUAGAGCUGCCCUGGUCCCUGGGGAAGGCUGCGGGUAGCAAGCAAGCAGCACAGUGACCAUGAACUCUUACAGAUCCACAUGGCCCUCCAUCCAGGUAAACAGGAUGGGUGUCUGGGUCAGCUCCCUCCCUUGGUCUUUCCCGCCUACUCUUCCCUUGCGGGUGGCUGACCCGCCCAGCUCCCCUGCUCCACGCCCAGGGCCCCUGAGCUCUCCAUGACAGAUGCCCAAACCCUUCCUGGCUUGGCCGCUCAGAGGUGUUCCACUCCUUCAAUACCAGAGUCCUCAGAACCUCAGACCUUAACAGAUGUUCCAGAGUUCCCAAUGUCUCCUGGGCUGGGCAAGAACAGUCACCUGCAGGUGGGGAGGCAUCCUAGGAGAGAGAUGAGAGCAGGGAAUGCCUGCUGAACUUAAGAAGGUGCCAAGAAGGGCCCCCUCUUUCCUGUCCUCAUGCCCCUGAUCUUGCUGGCUUACCUGGGAUGGUACCUAUCGUUGUUGCUUCCCUGACCUUAUAUCCCUGGGGUCUCACCUGCUUGUGAUUCCUGUUUCCUAAGUACCCCCACCCUGCCACCUCCAGAAGACAUCAACACCUAUCUCCUCAGAUGCUCCUGUCCCCACCCUGUGCCCCAAAUUCCUGUGGUUAGGCAACUGGAACACUUUUGCAUCUGUCUCAUCCUCGUCUUCCCCCUCCCUCCCUGAUGUCCGGCUCGCUCUCUGUUUCAACACAGGCUCUCGCUCACAAUUAAGCUUCAUUACCCUAUCGGCGGGUAGGCCCUGAGUCACUGGAGGAGGGACCUUGUGCUGCCCAGCCCUGCUACCUUCUCCCAACCUACAGUAUAAGGGGCAGUGGCAAGAAGGACGAUUCUGGAAAGCAGGGGAGUCUGGGAAGAGAGAGAAGGGCUGUGGGUCCUGAGGGAGGGAGAGCAGGAAAGCAGAGGAAGAAAGAAAGGCAGGAGGUUCCAUAGUACAGAGGAAGAGAGAAGAGAGCAAGAACCACAUUGGGCUGCAAAGAUCCUCAGGGGAGAGAUGAAGCUGAGAGGGUCCCUGGCCUGUUUCCUGCUGACCCUGUGUCUGGGGAGCGGGACAGCCAGCCCACUGCAGAACGGUGGAGAAAGCAUAGGAGCAAGAGCUUCUCAAGGAAUGGGAGAUGCUGUUAGCCAGGGAGUUGGAGAGGCUGUGGGCCAAGGGGCCAAAGAAGCAGCCAGCUCUGGGAUCCAGGAUGCCCUUGGUCAGGGGCAUGGAGGGGAAGGUGGCUAUGCACUGAGGGGGGCCAGAGGGGAUGCUUUCGACCACAGGCUUGGGGAAGCAGCGCGAUCUCUGGGGAACAGUGGCAACGAGGUUGGCAGACAGGCUGGGGAUGUCAUUCGACGCGGGAUGGAUGCUGUCCACAACUCCGAGUCUUGGGGGACAUCUGGAGGCCACGGAAUGCUUGGCUCUCAAGGAGGCCAUGGUAAUCCCGGUGGUCAAGGGACUCCUUGGGCCUCACAAGGCAACUUUGGAACCCACUCUCUGGGUGGCUCUAUGGGUCAGGGUGGCGAUGGCAGGUCAUUCAACUAUGAGGCCAGUGCUCAGGGAGCCGUGGCUCAACCUGGCUACGGGUCAGUGAGAGGCAGCAACCAGAACUCAGGGUGUACCAACCCCCCACCAUCUGACUCCCGUGAAAGCAACUAUGGGGGAAGCAGCAGUGGUGGUGGCAAUGGUGGCCAUGGUAGCAGCAGUGGCAAUAGUCAAGGUGGCAGCAAUGGCAAUAGUCAUGGCAACGGUGGCCACGGCAACGGUGGCCAUGGCAACGGUGGCCAUGGCAAUGGUGGCCACGGCAAUGGUGGCCAAGGCAACAGUGGCAACAGUGGUUCUGGGUCCCGGGACAUAGAAACGUCUAAUUUUGAUGAAGGCUAUUCAGUCUCCAGGGGAACUGGCUCGUCCUCGUCCUCGGGCAGCAGAGGUGGAAGUGGUGGUGGGAACAGACCCGAGUGUGACAACCCAGGGGAUGAUGCACGCACGGCUGGAGGAUCUGGGAAUCAGGAAAGUAGAGAAAGCAGCCAUCUCCUUGGUGGUCCCCAUGAUUACCAGGAGCAUGGGUACAAUGGGGACGGUGGGCGCAAUGAAGCUGUCAGUGGACUCAAAACUUUGAACUCUGACCCGUCUUCCUCACCUUUCAACUUUGACAGUUUCUGGGAGAAUUUUAAAUCCAAGAUGCCUUUUAUUAACUGGGAUGCCAUAAACAAGGGCCACCUCCCGCCUCCCAGCACUCGAGCCUUACUCUACUUCCGCAGACUCUGGGAGAAUUUCAAACGCAAGACUCCUUUCUUCAACUGGAAGCAGAUUGAGGGUCCAGAUCUGCCGUCGUUGCAGAAGAGGGCAGGUGGCGCCGAGCAGCCUGAAGCAGCAAGACAAGAGCUGUCAGCUGUCACAUCCAAGAACUACUACAAUAACCCACAGGGGAAUCCUACUUAUAACUGGCAAUACUAUACCAAGGCCACCACUGCCAAGGGGGCAGUCACACCUUCAUCGUCCUCGGCUUCCCGGGCACAACCUGGCCUGCUGAAGUGGCUGAAGUUUUGGUAGAAAAUUUCUUCUAGUCACUGCUGACGCUUCAAGAACACAGGUCUUCAGGGAGCUUGGCUGUACUUAUCCACAGUUCUCUCUACCGUGCCAGACCUACCUGGGCGUUGACACCCCGUCAUCCCACCUGGGGACCUGGUUUGCCUGUCCUCAUCCUCCCCGUUCAGCUGUGGUGUCUGGAGACCAAUCAGCCUUGUUGGAUAACCAGCCAGUUUCUUCCCUUUGUCCCGUGUGCAACCGGAAGUUCCCCCAACAACGCAGUAGGAACUCCCUUCCUUCAAAUCUCCCUGUGGAAAUAAAACAUGACUUCUUCAUUUUCCUUAGAUUUCUCAACUUGUUGCUCUUUACUACGACUCUGCCGACCAGGGUGUAGGUGGCUGGAAAGGUGGGUUGGCGGCUGAGCACGUUUCUCCUGAGAGUGGAGUGAAAGAUGUGAGUGACUGGAGAGACCUGGGCUUCAGUUUGGGUAAAACGGGUCGCAGCUAGCUCCCGGCUUCCUGCAAGUUUCUCCAUCUGCAAAAAUGAUUUUUGCCUAACGUACAAAUACCACGCUUACAGUGAAAGACCCCCAUACUUGAAAGACCCCCGUUCCCAUGUACUAUGUUAAACUUUGCUGAAAUUUAGCUGGGCCCCCGGGCUCAGGUGAUGCUAAAACUGGAUAUCCAUGGGUUGCAGACUCACUGACUCGGCUAAGGAGAGAGACAGAGUGCUAUAUCUAGCUUUGUGAUUUUUUGGGACUAAGGAGAAGGGAUACUCCACCCCCCCCCCCCCAAGAUAUCCUAUCUAAACUGUCAACUCGCUGCAGGGUGUUUUAUCUGUCUUUAUGGUUUUUCGGGGAAAUUCGAGAAUAGACAUGGGGCCAUUCCCAGGAUGAGCUAAGCCCACCAAUUUGAGAGCCAAUGAAAUGCUUGUGCUAUACUACCCUCUUAUGUAAUCAUUUUCCCCUAUAAAUAUGGCUGUUUGAAUUUGCCCGGGGUGUGCAUUUGGCAUAAGCUGCUGUUGCACCCACAGGCACCUGUGUUAUCAAUAA